GUCUUCAUUUCCAUGGCAAUGAACAGUAGUGUGCAUUCUGUUCUUUCCUAUUCCUAAUCAGAAUUUUUGGAUGUUGUAAUUCAGCUCCGACGAAUUCGCCGAUGCUCGAAUUCUAUGUUUGUCUUGAAGAGCAGUGCUCCUCCGGAGCCAUAUCUCCUGCGCUUGGCAUUUCUCGGCAUAUCUAGAUUUUUGCCCAAAUUUGUACUGCCACAAGUCCGAUUGUUCGCGGAAGCUUCAUCUAGAAUUCCUGCUAAUGCCUCGUUGGAGCUGGAAAAGGAAUCGGAAGAAGGAAAAGGAGAAGCAAAGAGUUUGAGCAGGAGGAUCGAGAAAUUGGCGAGAGGAGAGUCCGUGGCUGCCGCCUUCCAGAGCUGGAUGGGUGAAGGUUUACCUAUCCACCGAGGCGAUGUUUUCCACACUAUCAACCGAUUGCGCAAGCUCAAAGCCACCCGACGUGCGCUAGAGGUAAUGGAGUGGGUAAUAAGAGAGAGGCCGUACAGGCCGAAAGAAUUAGACUAUGCCUACUUGCUCGAGUUCACAAUAAAGUUCCACGGCAUCUCGCAAGGGGAGGCGCUGUUUUCCCGAACCCCUUCCGACUUCAAAAGCGAGCUUCUUUACAACAACCUCGUACUCGGCUGUCUCGACAAGGGAUUGAUACGGCUAUCGUUGGCGUACAUGAAGAAAAUGCGGGAGCUGGGCCAUUCGAUAUCGCACUUAGCUUUCAAUCGCCUCAUCACGCUACACUCCUCGCCGGGCCGCAAGAAAUCGAUCCCGAAAAUCCUGACCCAGAUGCGCGCCGACAAAGUCGCACGUCACGUGUCGACGUACAACAUCUUGCUCAAGAUCGAGGCCGACGACCACAACAUCGACGGGCUGACGAGAGUCUUCAGCGAAAUGACAGCGGAACCGAACGAGGUAACCUACUGCAUUCUCGCCGUCGCCCACGCCGUCGCGCGGCUGUAUGCCGCAUGCGAAGUUUACGUCGAGAGUAUCGAAAAGUCGAUGACGGGCGACAACUGGUCGACGCUCGAUAUUUUAAUGAUACUCUACGGUCGAUUGGGGAAAGCGAAGGAUCUCGAAAGGACGUGGAGCUCGAUUCGGGCCCUCCCCCGCAUCCGAACCCGGAGCUUCCUCCUCGCGAUCGAGGCGUUCGGGAGAACUGGGAAUCUCGACCGCGCCGACGAGAUAUGGGUCGAGAUGGCGUCGAAGAAGGGGUUAAAAUCGACCGAACAAUUCAACUCGAUGAUCGGCGCGCAAUGCCGAAACGGCGCGAUAACGAGGGCAACGGCGUUGUACAAAGAAAUGUCGGGAAACGGGUGCAAGCCGAACGCGAUUACGCUUCGACAUUUAUGCCUAGGUUGUCUGAAGGCGGGGCUUGUUGAGGAGGGCGUUAGGACACUCGAGGCCGGGAUGGAUUUCCCAACCUCGGAAAAGGUUAGACGGUCGACGCCGUGGCUGGAGACGACGUUUGCGGUGAUGGAGGUUUUUGCGGAGCGCGGCGACGUCGGGAUGGCGGAGAAAUUGUUCUUUGAGUUGAGACGGAGAAAGUAUACGAGAUAUACAUUUGUGUACAAUGGGUUGUUGAAGGGAUAUGUUAAGGGUAAGGUUUAUGAGGCCGGGUUUGUUCGAAGGAUGAUUUUGGGGGGGAGUCGCCCGGAUUCGGAGACCUAUAGCCUUGUCAAGGUUAUGGAGGAGUUUCGACAUGGGAGUUGAUAAUCUGACUUAUUAUUAUUAGUCCUUUUGUUCCAUAUAAUUUUUCAUACAUAUAUUUU